CGAUUCGGCUCGAAGAAGACCCGUUCUUCCGGGAAAAUGGCGACUCCCGCUCGUGCCCCGGAGUCGCCGCCGUCCGCGGAUCCAGCGCCAGCUGAGGGGCCCGCUGAGGAAGCCGACUGCCCCGCGCCGCGCCAGCCUCAGCCCCCGCAGAAUGUUCUCGUUGCCCCGCGGCUUCGAGCCCCAAGCUCCAGAGGACUUGGGGCAGCGGAGUUCGGCGGAGCUGGGGGAGAUGUUGAAGCGCCAGGAGAGACUUUUGCGCAACGAAAAAUUCAUUUGCAGAUUGCCCGACAAAGGUAAAAAGAUCUUAGACACUGUUGCCAAACUGAAAGCUGCCAUUGCAGAGCGUGAAGAGGUUAGAGGAAAACGUGAACUGUUUCAUUCUGCUAGUUUAGACUGUAAGCUAAGGCAAAAAGUAAUUGCAGGAGUUGAUGUGGAUAGAGAAAAGGCCCAAAGUUCUGACCGAAUACUUGAUACUUCAUCACCAGUUCAUGCCUGUUCCUUUGUAGAUAACAUCAAAUCAUCUAACACAACCUCAGAAAAACAGGGACUUGUACAUCCUACUCAAAAAGGUGAUGAAGAGAUUCCAGAGGCUGAGUACACAGUGAACAAGUGCCCAGCUUCCCACAAUAGAUUCAGGGGAUCUUCCUCACUUGAAGCGAGAGAGCAUCUCCCUCAGCAUUGUGUUUCAAGUCAAGCAGAAGAUACUUCCAGCAGUUUUGACAACCAGUUUAUUGAUAAGUUCCAAAGGAUCACAGUUGCAGACCAAGGUAUACAUCACUCGGAAGAAAACACAAGUGCUGAAAACUUGAUGGGCCUUCGUGAUAGGACUCCUAAGAAGCCCCAUUACAUGGAAGUGUUAGAAAUGCGAGCCAAAAAUCCAGUGCCCCCACCACAUAAAUUUAAAACUAAUGUUUUGCCAUCACAUCAUAAUGACUCACCUAGUCAUUCUCAGAGGGGAGAGUCUCCUGUUUCCUUGGCAGAGCGGCGGCGCAGGGACAAGCAGCAUCUUGAUGACAUCACAGCAGCGCGGCUCCUGCCACUUCACCAUCUGCCUGCACAGCUGCUUUCCAUAGAAGACUCUUUGGCACUUCAGAAACAGCAGAAACAGAAUUAUGAGGUAUUUAGGGCAUUAGGAUUUUUUCCCCCCUGCUUACAUAUGUUAGGAUUUACCCUAGGUAGUUCAAGGAGGAAAUAAUUUAAUAGAAGGGAU